AUUUGUGUAUAUUACUCUAGAAUGUGACGACUGAGAAUUGGUCAAUUUGAUCCGCCAUAGCUCUCCAAAGAAAUGCGUUCGUGCCUGCCAGCCGUUAUUACGUUUCAAAUCGUAGACAACAGUGCCAUUGAUACGACCAUGUCAGAAUCCUGACGGAACAAGGCCGCGAGCGAGAAUAUAGAAUUGAAUAUCCGACUCUUGACUGCAACAGAGCACAGAUUUGGAUAGUGCAGUCCCGAGUAUAGAAGUCUCACAAACGACACGGUCAGAUUCCGUGACUUGUGUGUCUAUUGUUGUGAUGCCGCAUUGUAGCCUCGCCUGUUUCUAUAAGUAGUGAAUUCUUGUCCUGCAGUUCACAACGCAGACAACGAGCUCGCCCACCUACUUACCUCUGGAGGCCGGCGGAGAUAGAGAAGUCUGUUGUGCUUUCCUAAUCAGCGAGCGAGUCACUCUCUCCCCACAUCAACACUAGGCGCCCGGCAAGAUGGUGACUAAGGUGUACAUUGUAUACUAUUCCAUGUAUGGCCAUGUGGAAAAACUUGCCGAGGAGAUUAAGAAGGGUGCCAAUUCCGUUGAAGGAGUCGAAGCAACUAUGUUUCAGGUGCCCGAGACAUUGAACGAGGAAGUUCUAGGCAAGACGGGUGCUCCACCAAAGUCUGACGUUCCGAUCAUCGAGUCUGCUCAAUUGGCUGAUGCGGACGGCCUGAUCUUUGGAUUCCCCACCCGCUAUGGGAUGAUGGCAGCUCAGUUCAAGGCAUUCCUUGAUUCCACAGGUGGCUUGUGGCGAACCCAGGCUCUCGCUGGCAAGCCAGCAGGCAUUUUCUACUCUACUGGAUCUCAAGGGGGCGGUCAAGAAACCACAGCGUUGACCGCAAUCACUCAGUUAACUCAUCAUGGUAUGAUUUUUGUGCCUAUUGGUUACACCUUUGGUGCCGGCAUGUUCGAACUGGAAGCCGUGAAGGGUGGAUCCCCAUAUGGCGCUGGAACUUUCGCCGGAGAUGGAACUAGACAACCAUCAAAGCUUGAAAUGGAGCAAGCUUUUCACCAGGGCAAGUACAUCGCUGGCAUCACCAAGAAGCUGAAGUCAGGGAGUAUCUAAGUGAUCUGUCGUUGCUCUUUUUCAGUGGGCAUCAUGCAGUGAGUGGUAGAUAUUGCAGGAUGGUCAAGUCUCGGGGUUUACUUUAGACUAAAUAGCUUCGGAAAGAUUCACCAACGACUUCAAACACCGCAGAUUUUGACCACUCAGACAUGUCACUCCCUGGAAGCCGACAAAGGUCUCUUCGACAUGCGCUUUUACAUACUGUCAGUAUUAUUUGAUCAGCCGGUGAAUUCUUGUUAACGUGCCAUCAAUUUGAUAGAACAAAGUUCUUUCCUUGGUUAAAUAUAUGUGCUUCUGCAUCAGAGAAACUCGUCCAAGAAUAGACCUAUAUUGUGAAAUUUGUCCAUAAAUUGCCGUUAAAUACGAAUUGGGCUCGAAACAAGAGAACCUUGAAAGUG